AUGAUAACUGAUAAGGAAUUGUGCGCUGAUUUUAAAAACCAUCAUCGUAAAAGAUUAGCUCCUAAACGAUAUGAUUGUAAUGCCACAACCCAAGCUGAAUUCACAAUGCAUCUAUUUUAUAGAAAAGAAUUUAAAAUGGUUCUAGAUACCCUAUUAAAACUAACAAAUGAUAAUUUCAAAUCAUGUAUUUCUUCUAUUCAACCAUUAUUUACUCAACCAUUUAAUAAAAGCAAUAUUCCUUUUUGUUUGUUCCCACCAAGCAGUGUAGGUGCUUACCUUCUAGAUUAUGAUUUAGUUCAAACAGAAUUAGAAAUAUUAUUUAGUAUGUUACAAGAAGAUAGAAUAUUACCAUUUAAUUCUUUAAUGGAAAAAGCAGAAGAAGUAAAGCAUAUUCGUAUGUGA